AUGAACACCAUGAGCUGCGAGAGUGACAUGAGGUCUCUUUUGAUGGCCCUUACAGUCAACCCAGCCGAGCGGAGGAGAACACAAAACCGACUGGCAAAGCGAAAGUCCCAAACCAACAAGUCGCGCUAUUCUAGGAGCCAAGGGAAAAAGUGCCGCAGCAGCCGCCGCAGCAUCAAGCCAUGUCGCGUCAUCAUCCACAGCAAGAUCAGCAACAACGACGAGGAGGACCUCACAUACACCGCAACACUUGCCGAUCCAUUUGGCUCACUUCAGACCCCGCCGCAUGAGCCAACCCAAGACUUUGGGCAGGCAGCAGUAAUCUUCCCUGCUUCGGAAAUGGGAGUGUCUGGAGAAGCUGCUCCACGGACGCUGCAACAAAAUGCCGUCACUGAUGACCUCGACGCGAGCUCAUAUUCAGCGGGAAUCCCACAUAGCUUGAACACGGUUGAGUUCAUCGAACCGUGGAUAUUAGACGCCAGCAUGACACUCAUGACACCGAACAGCAGACACGAAGACAUGUCAGACCUUUCAACAGAAGAUAUCCUCACAUUAGGGUUUGCAAGACCUACCCAAGGGAGCCCCUUGCAUAUUGCAGCAACACACGGCCACAUCAACGUGGCUAAAACGCUGAUCCUCCACGGCUCGGACGUCAACGCCCCGGAUAAAGCUGGGCUGGCCCCAAUUCACUAUGCAACACAGAACAACCAAGGACCCAUGGUGACCAUGCUUGCCGAGCAUGGGGCCGACGUCGACUUCCUGGACCCGGAUGGUUGCACGCCUCUGUACAGAGCGGCGGAAAGUGGAAACAAAGCCAUGGUCGAGCGUUUACUGCGUCACGGAGCGAAGCUGAGCUAG